AUGAAUUUCGAUCUCUUCCAAGCGGUGUUUCAGUAUGAAGGCGGCUUCAAAUACAUCGACGAACCGGCGCUGCCGCAGCCGAAUCUGGUCGAGGUUAAACUUGAGGCGCCGGAACCGGUUGAUAAUAUCGAUCUACCCGACGUGGAGGUGCCAGAGCUGCCGGAAGACCCCCAGGCAGACGCUAAGGAUAAUACCCCUGACAUCCCCGAAAAUCCAACCCCAGAGACCAUACCACAAACGAUUUCAGAACAUGCAUCCCUGGAAGAGCCGUUGGAGUGGUCUCAGCUGCUGUACGAGCCCGAGAAAAGUGAUGCCGAGGAAAACGGCCUGGCGGUUGCCGAGGACUCCACUGGCUUCACCCCAGCGGCGACAUCCAAUAAUCUGACGCCUUCUGCCGAGUCUAACCCUCAAACACCGAUAGAGCUUAGUGAAUCGGUCACCCCUGGCGUCUCUGCCCGCAAUACGCCUACCCCUGAACCCACUCAAUUGACGACAUCAGAGAAGGCGAAGAAAGCUACUGCAAAACAAGCUCUGGCGGAGAAAACGCCAGCAAGACGCACUGAGAGCAACGUGAAAAACACGGUCGAGCCUCAGAAUGGAUCGUCGCAACAUAAUACGUCGUUGGCGGCAUCGGGUCAAAGUACCACCCCAGCCACUUCCGAGCCAGCCACUUUCGAGCCAGCCACGCCUGCUCAAACGACCAGUGUGACGGGUGAAAAGCGACAUCUUGAUGCUGACGAUUCGUAUGCUUCUACUGGAGAGUACCCACCGUUUAAGCGCCCCAAUGUCAAUCUCUCGUCGUUUGCCAAACAAUUAUACACUCGAGGUCACAACUUCAGUUUCAUCACGUCGACAGUCCACCUCAAAAAGCCGGUAGGGGAAGCAUUUACCCGGCAAGACAUUCAGCUUGACUUUAUGACCGCUUUAUUUAACGAUGAAACCAAAGCUUUCACCAAUAACUUCGAGGAAGGUGUUUACGAAGGAGACAAAAUAACCUUCUACCAGUUAUACACCCGCACCAUUGCUGAGCUGUCUCUGAGGCGAGUGACCAAGCUUAUCAAGGCGGGGAUGCUCUCGAGUCGUCCCGUGGGGAUGGUGGUGGCGAUGUUGAUGCUCAUGGUUAACGCUGGUCGUAUGAGUUCUCGCGUGGGCUUCAUUGCUAAGCUGCACCUGACCCUGUCUGCGUUCAAUUCUAUUCCUAGUUUGCAGACUAUGCCCAACGUGAAUUUGCGGUUCCCAGACUCUAAAAGUUUCAAGGAGAUUGUCAACAUCGAAUCUAAGGAUUCACCAUUUGAUCAAAGGAAUCUUGAGAAGUUGAUACAAAAGCCUCCGGAGCAGAAGCCUAAUAUGAAUGUGUUGGUGCUCAUUCUUGCGUUAUCAAGGUACAAGAAACCGCUUCCGUUUUUCGGCAAGGAGAACAAUGCGUAUCCUUGUUACGUGAACUUUUUGGACUUCUUCCAAGAAUCCUUGGUGCACCCAGAAAAUCGCGCCAAGCGCUUUCUUUGGUUGAUGUAUACGUUUUUGGAAACCAACUUUACCAAAAAGGAGAUGGCCAAAAACCCAUUUGGGGCUGACAUCCCUCCUGUGAACUAUUUGCUGCAGGAGGAAGCAGAGAAGUUUGACGUUGAUCUGCCGGCAGAAGUAACGUAUGCCAUGGACAAGUAUAAGGAGCAUGCCGAGUGGUCCGCCCAUGUUGAAAAGGCGAUGGAGGAGGCGCUUCGAUUGCUGGAGGUGAAGCGAUUGCAGUACAUUGCUGCAGCCGAGGCGAAGGCCGCUGGAACUAACGGUAGCGCGAAGACGUGA